AUGAUGGUUCUAAAACCUAAUUAUAAAAACAUUUUUCGUGAGAAAAUAAAUCUCUUCCUGUCCAAAAAUCUCAAAGCAGCGUUCCAGUGUCAAUUGCCAAUAAUGUUGUUGCAAUCCAGCUCAAGUGGAUGGUUCAUGUGGUCUUCUACCGUCGCAAACUUCUUUGUGGCUGUUGUUCUUCUCUCUGUGCUAUCAAUUCACUCACUUCUCGACUGCUGUUGUUGCAAAAAGAAAAAGGUGAAAUUUUUUAUAGGAAUCACGUUAUAA